GUCAGCUGAUACGUGUAAUUUCUAUGGAAUGUUAGUUGAUGUGGCGAAGUGCUGGAUGUCAAAAUUUGUGUUAGGGAACGUUACAUAAAUUUAUUCUUAAUAUCGCCAUUCUAAGUGUGUUUUUGUGAUACCCUGUGUGUUAAAAGUGAAAUAUAGGAUUAAUUCAAGAUCCUCAGAAGGAUGACAAUGGGAGAUGAGUCACCAGUUACUUCGCUUGUCCUUCCCGUCCUUAUACGCCCCAUUUUGUCUCAGUUGGAGAGACGCGAUGUGGCUGCUUCACAGACUUUACGAGCAGCUUUAUCGAAAGCAGAGUCAGCAUAUCCUGGUUUUACCUAUGAUCUGGUCGUUGGAAUUUUGCGACGAGGAGAACUUAGUAUUAAUAUGAAUGAAAGCGUUCUGCGACUUCAAGGAACAAUUUCCGAGACUGAUGUUGGAGAAUAUAGAUUGAGUCGGUCAGAAGAUGCCUUUCAAGAAUUAAAUAAAAAGUCAGCUGCAUUGAAAAAGAUUUUGAGUCGUAUUCCUGAUGAGAUUACAGAUAGAAAAACAUUCUUGGAAACCAUCAAAGAAAUUGCUAGUGCAAUAAAAAAGUUACUGGAUGCAGUUAAUGAGGUUGCUGGUUUCAUUCCUGGCACAACAGGAAAGCAGGCAUUAGAACAACGUAAAAGAGAAUUUGUUAAAUUUUCUAAAAGAUUCAGCAAUACUUUGAAAGAAUAUUUUAAGGAAGGACAGUAG